AUGGAGAGGUUAAAAGAGAAAAAUAAGGGGCAUCAAAGUCUUGAUGAUGGUGAGAAUUAUGGUCAGUGCAAUGAAUUAAGUGAUGAAACUAUCAAUGGUGUACAUUUUAAAGAUAGUGAAGAAGAGAGAAUGCAUAAUUUUGAUGAAGACUUUGAUGAAGGAUCGAGUGAAAGGGAUAAUGGGAGAAGUGAUGUUGAUGGUGCUACGCCCAGUGAACCACACAUCCUUAGUUUUGCAACAACGGAGAUGGAAGAGGAAUAUGUCAUAGAAGAAAAUUACAUGAAUGAUGAACUUGAUAGUAGGGUAGAGGAAGAUAGUUGUAAGGACAAGCUUGUAGUGAUUAUGUUUAAUGAAGAAGAACCGAUUAAAAAGGAUUUUAUAUUCAAGGUUAGAAUGAAGUUUUCCUCUCUGAAGAAGUUCAAGAAGACUAUACUAGAGUACAAUGUUUUGAAUGGUAGAGAGAACAAUAAUAAGAUGAAGUUAAAUGGAGUAGUGUCAGAUGGAAGGUUGAGGUUUGCAACUGAGAUAACUGGUUAUAGGGCUUUCAAAUCUAGGAAAAUAGCUAGACAAAUUGUAGAAGGGGACUCAAGUAAGCAAUAUAGUCUAUUAUGGUCAUAUGGAAUUGAGUUGAGGAUGGCUUCACCAUGA